UGUGGGAGUUGAGGAAGGACUGUGUACUUUGUUAUGGUCAAAAGACCAUUGUUUUCUGCAAAAUAAGAUAUGGCAUCCAAAGACAAGCUAAUGCUGCUUUUAAAAUUACCAUUUUACAUGAUAUAUUUUUACCUGGAAGCAUUUGUGCGAUCAGUUUUCCUCCGGCCAUCACCCAAAGAUGUGAAAGGAGACGUUGUAUUAGUGACGGGGGCGGGGCAUGGCAUAGGAAGAGAAAUUGCCCUUGAGUUUGGUCGGCUGGGCGCUAGAGUAGUGCUGUGGGAUAUUAACAAGAGUGGAAAUGACUCUGUGGCUGCUGAAAUCAAAGCUGCUGGAGGCGAGGCACAUCCUUACGUCUGCGACCUCUGUAAGACAGAUGACAUCAAGACAGUAGCGGCCUCGGUAAAGAGCAAUGUAGGCAAUGUAGAUAUCCUUGUCAACAAUGCUGGAAUUUUAUAUGGAGGAGAGAUGCUCAAAAUGAGAGAAGAACACAUUCGCAGGACAUUUGAAGUCAACACUCUGUCUCAUUUCUGGACCACCAGAGAGUUUUUGCCAGCCAUGAUUAAGAAAAAAAAGGGUCACAUUGUUACAACAUCAUCAAUGUCUGCAAAGUCAGGCACUGCUCUUCUGGUCGACUACAGCUCCUCUAAGUACGCUGCCUAUGGGUUUGCGGAGGCUAUGGAGGAGGAAAUGGACAGACUUGGUCACAGCUACAUCAAGUUUACCACAGUGUGUCCAAUGUUUGUAAGCAGUGGACUGGUCAAAGCUACUACCGAUGUAGAUGAAAAAAUGUUGACACCGAAAGAGGUUGCCUUGGCAACUGUAAAUGGAACUUUGAUGAACAGGGCAGUUGUUACGAUUCCAGACCAUUUGGCAUUCUCACUGCGAGUGGCAGCGUGGUUUCCACGGAAACUAAAUUUGUGGCUGAAGAAAGUGGGAAACCUAGGAAUUCAGCCACAGUACACCCCCUCAAAACAAGACUGAACUGUUUCCAUGGAGAUACAUCUGUUUUUGUGAUAGUUUUGGUAAUAGCCGUAAUUUUAAAAUGUUUACAAAUAAAAUAUACACAUUUUUUAAAUAAAGUUGAUAUUUUAUGUUCUGAAAAUUAACAAGUAAUAUAACAGACAUAAGUUGUCAAUUGUGAUGUUACAAUAGACAUAGACAGUGAAAAAUUAAAAAAAAUUGAUGUCAGGAUCUGCUAGAAUAUUAACUACAUUUUCUUAAAGUUCUUCAUUAAAUUGGUACAUGUGUUGUUUUGAACUCCUUUUUUGUGCUGCUGUCUUUCUGCGUUUCAAAAAUAUGACUUAUGACUUUUCACGCAUUUUCAGGAAAAAAUAUUUCCAAUAAUAACAGUUUAUUAUUUUUGCUUGGCCUUUUUUAAUUCUGACGCAACAAACCAGCACAUGAUAUCUUCUUAGAUUAAUCGUUCGUGUUGGCCAGGAUAGUAACGCAGUAGAACUGGACUGGGUCGGUCGCCGGCGACCUGGUAGCUCAAUUGGUAGAGCGUCCGUCUAGAGUUUGGAGGGUCCUGGGUUCGAACCCUGGCCUGGCCGUGCAUUUUCCCACUCCUAUUACAAUAGCAUACAAGCUAGGGGGUCUUUAUAUACAUGUAGGAAGGAAAACAGAACCUGAUCAGGGAUUACGAUCCUGGCCGUCUUUCUGAAAGGCGAGUGUGUUAUCCGGUGUGCCCCCACCAUAAUAGAACAUACAUUUGUAUAAAGUAAAAAUAUCAGCAUGUUUGAAAGUUGACCAUAAAGACAAUUCAGAGGUCCUUAUGUGAUGAAUGUGGCUUUUAAACACAAUUCUGUUGUUCAUAUUUAUUAAAUUAUAUCACUUUAUUUUGAGAUCCGUGAAAAAUUAAUGAUCAUGUUAUUCCCAUGUAUUAUUAUGACUAUAAAAUAUGGUUUUUAGAUACUGGAUUACAAAACAUUAUCAGUGGGAGGGUCUUGCUCCUGUGCGAUUGAUAAACGACUUUCAUAUGUUUUGAUCAAUUAUCAAAAUCCCUGGGUCCAGUUGUUCAAAAGGUGAUUCGCUUAAUCAGUGAUUAGCGUAAAUUUUAAUUUUUGUAUGUCUUUAAGACACAACCACUGAAUUAGUUACAACUUUCAAGAUAUCAAAUAUUUAGUAGAGUGAAUUUACAUGCACAAUUGUGAGACUUUACCUUGUAUAUCGACAAAAGUAUUAAAGGCUGAAAAACUGUUGUUAAACUGUGAUUAAGCUAAUCACCUUUUGAACAUCUGGGCCCUGGUAUACAACUUGAUAGCCCUUCAUUCCAGCAAUGAAUCCUCCAUCAUAAAAAUAGAUCAUCUCUGCACCCCUGGUAUAUAUCAUGACAAAAUUGAAAGCUCUUUACACUAAACCUUGCGGAUGAUACAGCUCAACACAUCUGACAUCUUUGAUGAAGAUGAAAGGAAUCAUGCAUCAGCAUAACGGUAAAAUCAAAAGGCUGUGAAGUGGGGUGUAGAAUCUCUGUAAUUGUUAAAGGACAAGUACUUAUCAGCCUAGCGAUUUGUCAGGCUUUUUACCUGAAAUUAAUCAAAUAACUUUUUUAUGCCUUGAUUUUGUCAUGGCUUAUUUCAGGGGUAAAGAGAAGAAAAGUGUAUCCAGAGCAGAAUCCUCGGAUUUUGUGGAUGUCUAUCCUAGACAUAGACCUCUUUGUUCUUCAGAAGAAGAUGUUUAACCUUUUCACCACUGUAGACCAUAAUGGACUUAUCCAGAUCAAUGCAUGGUAGAGUCUACUAAAGUUACAUAGGGGUGAAAUGGUUAAUGUCGUAACACAGAUUCCUGUGAUAUUGAAAGUGGUACCCUUUAACACAUUACCAAGGUCGAGCUCUUACUUGAUAAAGUAGUUCAGACACGGCAAGACGAUUUACCCAAAAAACACACAAAAACACCUCACCAAUAGCGUUUAGCUGAAGAAAUUAUUUAAAAUAAAAUAGAAUGGGUUUUUGGGUAGUUUUGGGUGUUUUGGGGUAGUUUUGGGUGUUUUGGGGUAAAUCGUCGUGCCCGUUCCGACAUGCCUGUUUCGUUUUGUCCCUCUCUUUUUAAAAAUAUUUGGCUUGAGUAAGACUAUUUCUACAAGCACGUGUGAACUUUAUUUUAAAACACCUGUAAUGUUCCGGCAGUUUACAUGUGGGAAAUUGAAGAGAACGGGCAUACUCUCCCUCAUUAAUAGGAGGGAGACUCUCAUUUUCACCAAAAUUUACCAAUCUCCCUCGAAACUCCCUCAUUCAAGUCCAAACUCACACAAACUCAAAAUCUAUAUUGUAGUUACUACAGGGUGUGUGUAAUGAUCAUAACAGGUACCUGUGUCUUAAUUAAAUGAACGUAAAUGAAUGCGUUAUUUUGAUACAUAAAAAGGGAAAGACAAAUUGCACACCUAUGUAUGAGCAGCUGUACAAUAAGAGAAGUGUCCUGUCUAUUCAAUGUCCCUAUUACUAGACAGGUCAAGGUCACAUUAAUAUUUUGUAUUGAUUUCAAGUUUCAAUUUCAAUUUUUGUCAAAGAAAUGAACGGGAAAUCCUCUAAUUGGCUACAUUUCUUCACCCAGAUAUCACCAUUGUCGUCGUCGUCAUCAUCGUCGUAAUCAUCAAAAAAGUGUGAAUUCUGCAGACUGAAUGUCAAAGGUCAAGGUCACAAGAUGACUUAGUAACCGUCGUUAUUAACAUCAAAACCUCUCAAAGCAACUAAAGGAUUAAAAGACUACCUUUCAUAAUACAAUGUCAUAUACAUGUUGUUUAUGAAAGAUCAUCACUUAAGACAUGAUAAAGAAAUAAAAAACAUCAUCUCCGACUUGUCGAAUUCUUAAGACAAGGUCCCGUCUCUAACUUGUGACAUUCUUUAGACUUGAGGUCAAGGUAACCAGGGACAGUAAGUUAACAAACUUAAGGUCAUGGUUGUAGAAUUUUCAGGAAACAUUUUUAUCUUCAAAAAUGAUAAACUCUUUUUUAUUAUAAUGAUAUUUUAUUAACAGUUUAAGUACGGCCGAAAAGAUGCAUAGCUCGUAUUGUAUUCAAUAAGUACCUAUGAUUUUAUUGUAUUGUCUUAUAUUUUUACUUGCAUCCACACUGUUGGUUGCUCUGAAGAACAUCGAUAAUCACAGGGACCUGAGAAUUUGUUACAGGUAUAUAUGAACCUAUACUGAAGUGUUCAGAUUUAUUAAACACACUUUGGGGAUUUAGAUCAAUCAAUCAUAUUGGUAAAAAUGCUACCUAAUGAUGGUAUUAUAAUAGAUAUAAACCCCUAAACGUGUAAAACUACUCUGCACAUCAAUUUAGGUUCAACUAUACCUGUAACCGAAUCCGGUUAAAACGGCCUCACUGCAGUAACGGCCCUAGUUAAAACGGCCCCACCCUAAUAUAUACUGUAUAGUACUGCAAGUACUACAAGUGCGUAA